CAUAUAUUUCUGUAUGCUUAGUAUAGGCUACAUGAUGAUGAUUGCCUUUAUAAAUGUAUUCAUGCUGCGAAAACAAAAAAAUAUGCAUGAUUUAUGCUUCUCUCAUGUGAAAUACUUAAAGGUUGUUCCAAUAAUAAAGACCUUUCUAUGUACAGUAUAUCAUGCUCCUCCUCCAUGCUCAUCCUAAUUGUCUUAUUCUGCUCCGACGAUGCCGUAUAGAGGAGGAGUCUGCGUACGUGACUUUAGGGCAGACUUUUAGGGACGUUCAGUGCAAACAAAUAUAGAUGUGAUGGUAGGUUUGAAAUCCACAUCUUUUUACGAGAGUCACCAUUUAGACAAUCAUUGCCGUAAAACAAACAUCUGGUGUGCUUCCAGUGCUUCUUGACCUCAUCGCACCCAGCUCAUUCACGCUGUAAACAAGAGACAUUGAGAGAGCGACCAUAUAUGCUUUGAUCAGAAGGUAACUUGCUCUUCUACUUGUCCAUUAUCCACUAACCAAAGCCAAGAAUACAAGCGACCGUAACUGUGGGCACCUCAAAAUAUCUGUCUUCCUCCCCAUACGUAUUGUUUACACACUUGUAAAAGUUGGUUUUCUUGGCGAGACCGUUGGAUGAGUUGUGUAAGAGUCCUUACAUGGCAGGAUGAGCGGCGUAAAAACGCUGACACAGGUUUCCUGUCAGGAUACAGUCACAUGGUGAAACUACUUUACGCUUCAUUAACUUGUGGAGGAAUCAGAGAGAAGAGCAGAGAGGUAGGGGCUUCUUAUUUGGUAUUUCACAGAAGAUUUAUAGCUUUAAUUUAGGCCGAUACAUUUUGUAUUUUACCUUUUUUAAAUAUCUGCAAUGGCUUUUAGAGCAUUUACACAAACGCAUGUCUAUGAAAAGCAAUCAGCCCCAAAAGAAAAGAACAAAUCCAGCAUCCAGUGCCUUGAGUGCUACGACCGAAACGUGUAUAUAGGGACCAAGGAUGCAACAGUUCAGCAUCUCAUCUUUCCCAGUAGCACAGAGGGAGACCUGAGUCCAGGCCAGAGCAAACUCAGAGAAGGAAGGGUGAGAAAAUUAGGCUCAGGCAACCACGUAACCCAACUGAGGGUACUCCCACUUUUCAACUAUCUGCUGGUCCUGUGGGACUGCAGCGUUACUGCCCUCAACAUGUUCUCCUUAGAGCCCGUUCCCGCGCUGAAGAAGAUCCAGCACGUGUCUUUGCUUGAAGUGUGCGACUCAGCCCAGCAGCAGGAAGCAUGUGUGGAGAUAGUGACUUCCUCCAGCCGCAGGAAGGUGAUCCGGAUUCACGUGGUGGGCGUGGACAGGUGGGACGUUGUAAAGGAAGUGCCUCUGCUCCAGGACCCCGUGGCGUUGGCGGUACAUGGUGAUAGUGUGUGUGUAGCCACCAGCAACAGGUAUCUCCUCUGUGAUAUUCAGACUGGGAGCUGUGACGAGCUCUUUCCUCACAAUCACAGCCGGCAGCGUGUCAUUGUUACCUCAGUGGGACGAGGGGAGUUCCUCCUGAACGGGCCUGAAUCUUUGGGCAUGUUUGUGAUGAAGACAGGGAUAUGCCAGCGCCCUCCCCUGCAGUGGCCUCAGGAGGUGCUGGCAGCCGGAGUAUGUUUCCCUUACAUCUUAACCCUGCAGCCCCAAGUGCUGUCUGUCUACAGCAUGGUAGAUCAGCAGCGCAAACAGACUGCGAGUCUCAGCGGAGCGAAGGGUCUGCUCUCCACAUCAGAUGGUGUGUUGGUGUUCACAGAGAGAGACAUUUUCAGCCUACGUCUGGUGCCACUCGAAGAGCAGAUCCAGGCGCUUGUACGGCAUGAGAGGGUCGAAGAGGCCUUGUUGCUGCUGGAUGGAGUCCAAGCCCAGCGUCCACUUGACUCAUACAAGGAGCUGCAGAAGGCCAUCACUUGCCUGGCUGGAUUUGUUCAUUUUUACCAGGAGGGUUUUUCUGAGGCCAGAGAUCUAUUCAUUACCGGUGAGCUGGACCCCAGAGAAAUCAUCCGCCUCUUUCCUGACACGCAAUCGUGCCUCAGCGAGGACUUUAAAUCCCAGUUUGAUCAAGUAAACAGGGGCAGGGAUCUCCAGGUGCUCUGCCAAGACAACAGGAACAAGUUUCAUCAUUACCUGGCCUUCCUGGGAGACUUCCUCAGAGUAGUCAGGGAGAUGGAGCAAGGCCUGAAGUGCAGUAAGGAGGUGGACUGCGCCCUCCUGAGGCUGUACGUAGAACUGGGAGAGAGUGAAAAUCUGCAGCAGCUUGUUACAUCUCCGAAUGUGUGCAGGCUGGACCAUUGUGUUCCUGUUUUGGAGCAACACAACAGAUUUUUUGCAUUAGGUUCCCUCUAUCAAAGCCAUGGAAAUCAAAUUGAUGCAAUCCAGACUUGGGUGAAAAUUGAAGAUGGCCUUCACAAAGACCCCUCUUGCUCAGAUGUAUACGAACACAUUGUGUGGACUCUCAGUCAGCUGCAAGACAGAGAUGCUGUGUGGAAAUUUGCAGACUGGACUCUUCAAAGAAACCAAGAGAUAGGAGUGCAGAUUUUCAACAAGCGUUCACCAGAUGAUCGUUUUGAGACACAAGCAGUCCUCGCCCUCUUGGAGAAGUACCCACUGGCGUUGCUUUUGUAUCUUGAGUUCUUAAUCCAUGAUCUAAACAGCGAGGAGGAGAGACAUCACAACCGUCUGGCCCUGGCAUAUGUUACUGAGACGCUGCGAGAGGAAGAGGAAGCAGAUUUGAGGAAGACCAGAGUGAAGCUGCAGCAGCUGCUAUGGGAAUCCAAAUUCUAUGACGCCUCCACUGUAUAUGAGAGAGUCAAGUCAGCAACCCUGCACGUAGAGAAAGCCAUUCUCCUCGGUAGGACUGGUGAACACUCUCAGGCUCUGCAAGUGCUGGUUCACCAGGAGGGAGACCUCCAAGCUGCAGAGGCCUACUGCUGCAGGGCCGCCCAGGGCCGGGACCCUCAGUUCAGGCAGACCCUGUUGCUCACCUUGCUCCAAAUCUACCUGAGCUCUGAGGAUCUCACCAGCGCUGCCGUGGAUCUGCUCAACAACAACCCUCUGGUGUUUGCAGCAGAGAAUAUCAUCCAGCUCCUUCCUGAUUCCUGGUCUGUUCAACUGGUCUCCCAGUUCUUAGUCGGCUCCCUCAGAGAGACCUUCCACCAGAGGCGGAUGGCGAGGGUGCAAAAGGCUUUGGGCCAGGCAGAGCUCAUGCGGCACAAGGUCAUUUGGAUGCAGGCCUCAAAAACAAAGUUCAGACUGGACAAAGGGCAGAAGUGUAACGUUUGUCAGAGAGACCUUGCAGAUCCCCAGUUUGCCAGUAACCUCCACGGUGAUCUGAUGCACACAAGCUGUACUGGCUUUUCCUCAUCGUAAAGACACCAAAUACAGCAAUCUGUUGUCUGUUUAUGCAAAUGUGUACAUCCCUGCACUCACAGAGAAUCACAUUCAUUUCAAACUGGAUAAAUGUCUGCUUCCAACCCGAUAUUUUCCUAGAUUACACUGUGUCCUCUAGACAAACUCUGCACAAGGAUUUGAUUCAUGGGCCAGACACUUUCCCUAAUUAGAAAAAAAGAAAAUACAUUGUGUAAAUAACUGGUUUCAAAAAGCAAAAGAGCAAGCAGUGCUCUUUUUCAGGGCGGCAUGUCUGAGCCAUUUCCUAGAGACAUUGUAGACAGCAAUAGCUAUAAAGUGGAGGACACUCAGAGAUAUACAUAUAUUCACUGAUCAGACAGUGGUGUUUAACAUGGAAACCACCUGUGGUCAACCUGAUGACCAGAGGGAAUCUGACCAUCCUCCACAGCUGUAUAUAUGCAUCCCCGCCGUCAUGGUUUCCACUGACUGUGUAUAUUUGUCUGCUUAGAGCUGGAAAUAGAAAGUCAACAACUGAGAGGCUGCACGUGAAAGACAGAUUUUUUUUUUUUCAUUCCACUUGUGUGCAUUAAUAUACAUUUAUGACCCACUAAAAAAAAAUCACAAUUACAGGCUUAAAAAUGAAAAGCAAACAGGUUGAGGAAGUGCAGAGUUUGGGGUCAUUUCUGUUAAUUUAACAAGCAACCAAAUGACAUGUCUGUGCUGUGUAUGGAACAUGAAAUCAGAAUCAUUUUUACCAACAUCUUCCCUGUCAUUAAGGGAACAUGACAGACGUGUACUCCAAAUAAUAACACACAAACUCCAGUGUGUCCACAUGUACAGUAUGGACAUGUAUAUAAACUUAAACACAUAUCAUAACCUCUUAAGAUCCAGCCCUAUGGAAAAAAACACUUAAAAGAACAGACCCAAAACAUACCUGAACUUGGUCAUUUUGCUGGACCGCUUGCACGUUUUUGGUUUAAGUUUUUGGCCUGGGGUGAGUGACUAAUUGCAGUGUACAUAAAUAAUGAAUUAUGAGCAUGUUGGAAGAGAUUAUGUCUUUAUGCCCUUGCCAAUAUUUCUUCAUUUUUUCUCUACUAAGGAGGUUUUUUGUGGGACUUUUUCAUUGUUUUCACUGAGGUCUGAUAGUGGUGAUCGUGGUGCAGCCCUUUGAGAGUGUAACUAGGAUUAGUGUAACAGAGAGAAAUUAACUCUUUAAUUUUGAGUGAAAUGUGUCUUUAUCAUUGAUGGAGUGUGGUAUACAUCUAAUGAACUCUAUAAGGGAGACUCCUGUGUCCAAUCACUGUGUUGCAUUUGCUGGUGUUACAACAAAAUCUGUGACCGCAGAGGAGCCAGCAACAUGAGGUCACCAUUUCUGAAAAUGUGACCCCCACUGUAGCUAUCUUGUGCUUUUCUUUUGUGUGUGUGUGUGUGUGAAUACAUCUUUAAUGUAAAAUUAUUAAAAUACAUGU